UAAUCAGUAGAACGUUUUAUUCUUUUUUAAUGAGUAAAACGCGCGCGUUUAAAAAUUCUUAUUGUUGUUUAAAAUUUUUAUAUAUUUACAUAAUAUAUUUACAUAAUUGAUAUGUCGAAAAUACGCUCGGUGAUCGGAAGAACAUUUUAUUUUUUUCAAUACAUAGAACGUGAGUGUUUAAAAAUAUCUUUUUGUUCUAUCUUGCACUGUAUAUAUACAUAUAUAUAAAUAUUUUAUAUUUACAAAUUUUCUUAAAUGCGUUAGUAGAUUUAAAACAUUGCAAGUACGUAUAUUUAGUAAUCGGUAAAACAUUUCUUUUUUCCUUUCUUUUUUUUUUUUAAGACAUAAAAUGUGACUGUUCACAAAUUUCUUAUCUUUUUUUUUUCCUUUUCCGAAUCAACAACUUUUCUUUAAUACAUUCGUAUAAUUGAUAUUUUGAAAAUAUAUUUGUUAGUUGAUAAAAAAUGUACUCUGUCUCUCUCUCUCUCUCUCUCACUCACUCUCUCUCUCUCUCUCUCUCUCUCUCUCUCUCUCUCUCUCUCUCUCUCUCUGUCUGUCUUCUUUUGGAAAAAAAUAAACGUUAUCGUUACCGAGAAUGAAUUAUUUGAAUGAAUCUAUUGAUUAAUUUAUUAACGUCAUUGCUUUCGAAAAGUUCAGAUCGUCUGGAAAGUUCUCUCUUUCGGUUUGUUUACCGGUAAAACCAAUCGACUCCGUUAUCGGAUAGAUUCAAUCGUGAACGUUAAUAUUUUUUAUUCUUUAGAUACGUUAUAGCGCGGUAGAAAAAAAGGAUUGUCGAUCGAGUAAAAUAGAAAUAAUAGAGGAUUUGUCAACGAUAUCGAGAUAGCGUGAGAGGGAAAAGCACAUAAUAAUAAUAAUAAUAAUAAUAAUAAUAAUAAUAAUAAUAAUAAUAAUAAUAAUAAUAAAAUAAUAAUAGUAAUAAUAAUAAUAAUAAUAAUAAAUAAUAAUAAAUAAUAGUAAUAGAAGCUUGAAAGAAAAAAGGAAAGAAAACUCGGAGGUGAUUAUCGUGAAGAGUUCAUCAUCGAUGAGAUUUCAAAAGAUAAAAGAAAGAAAAAGAGAGAAAUAGACCCGUUACAGACAAUCAUUAGUAGCAUAGCCGUGUGUUUAAGUGAAGUGACGACCUAACCCAAUCUAAUCUCCAUCUAUUCCUCUCUCUCUCUCUCUCUCUCUCUCUCUCUCUCUCUCUCUCUCUUUUUCUGAUUUCUUCGUCACCGUUUAUCUGAAUUUUUUGAAUACCGCGCGUUUCUUCAGCGGGGUAACAAUUCAAGAUGGCGUCCUCGGAAAUAAGAGAAAACGACGAAUAUGGACUUGGAUAUCAGAACACUUUGAUUAUAAUGCGCUAAAGCCGUUACCUAAGUUUCGAUUGAAACGAAAUCGAAAUCGUAAUAUACUGGUUAACAAUGGCGAAUCAAACAACGAAGAAGGAACUCUUGGAGGAGAGCUUGCAUCAUCAUCAUCCGGAGGGCAAUGAGGAAGAGGUUGACAAAGAGUGGGAGGAAUUUACGAGACUGAUGGCCAAGUUGAAGGAAAAUCGGCGAAAUAGGCCGCAUAGACCUUCACAAGCCUUCUACCCGUGUCCUCUACCAACUCCUGAAGAGGAGCAACAGGAUUUCGAUCCCUUCGACUAUAUAAACACGAUUAUGUAUGGUCGCUAUACGAAGGACCUUGGUGAAUACGCAAAAGAAGAGGCAAGAAGACUCAAGUAUCAUGAUAAGGCAAGAAAGAAGUACGACAAGACGAGGGCCGAGGAUCUUCGAAAAUCUCGAAGAGGUCCAUUGUGUAGAAAACUCUUGGCCUUGCUUGCCUUCGCUUGGAAACACACAGGAGCUAGAUUGGGCGAAGAUUGGGUAUUUCUAGCGCUUUUGGGUGUUAUCAUGGCACUCAUAAGUUAUGCCAUGGAUCGUGGGAUUUCAAUGUGCAACAACGCUAGAAUAUGGCUCUAUCAAGAUCUGACGUCUCAUCCGGCGCUUCAGUAUCUCGCUUGGGUGUCAUUGCCCGUUUGUCUGAUUUUAUUCAGUGCUGGUUUUGUACAUAUUGUGGCACCACAGAGUAUAGGCUCUGGUAUACCAGAAAUGAAGACGAUUUUAAGAGGUGUAGCUUUGAAGGAGUAUUUAACUUUCCGGACUUUAAUAGCAAAGGUGAUCGGUUUAACAGCCACUUUGGGUUCAGGCUUGCCACUUGGUAAGGAAGGUCCAUUUGUCCAUAUCGCCAGCAUCGUUGCGACUCUUCUAUCAAAAUUAGUCACCAGUUUUCAAGGCAUUUAUGAAAAUGAAAGUAGAAAUUGUGAAAUGUUGGCUGCAGCCUGUGCGGUUGGUGUCGCAUCAUGUUUUGCGGCACCCAUCGGUGGUGUCCUCUUCAGCAUCGAAGUCACCACAGUUUAUUUCGCAGUAAGGAAUUAUUGGCGUGGUUUCUUCGCUGCCGUUUGUGGUGCCACGAUGUUUCGACUCCUGGCUAUAUGGUUUCAAAGAGAAGAAACUAUCACGGCCAUGUUCGUCACUAAUUUUACCAUGGACUUCCCGUUCGAUCCUUAUGAACUUUUUGUGUUUGCUCUUAUUGGUGUUGGAAGCGGUUUGAGUGGUGCAUUUUAUGUAUGGUUGCAUCGACAAUAUGUUAUAUUUAUGAGAAAAAAUAAGAGUAUGAACAGUUUCCUUCAGAAAAAUCGCUUUUUAUAUCCUGGUAUCGUAUCCCUUCUGGUAUCAUCAGUAUCCUUUCCAUUGGGAUUAGGUCAGUUCAUGGCAGGUGAUUUGAAUACUCACGAUCAAGUAUUUGGACUUUUCACAAAUUUCACGUGGACGAAGGAUAACUUGGGCGUCGAAGAAAACAACAUAGUCAAGCAUUGGUCGACCCCAUACACCGACGUCUUCAUCGGUCUCCUGAGCUACGUUCUCUUCACUUUCAUCUUUUCCAUCAUAAGUUCGACAGUGCCUGUACCGUCUGGCAUUUUCAUCCCGGUUUUCAAAAUCGGUGCAGCACUUGGAAGAACCGUUGGCGAGGCUAUGGCCCUUUGGUUUCCACAUGGUGUUCGAUAUGGUGGAAUUAUCACUCCUAUCAUACCAGGUGGUUAUGCUACUGUAGGAGCAGCUGCUUUUUCUGGUGCCGUAACACAUACUAUAUCCGUAAGCGUUAUCAUUUUCGAAAUGACAGGACAAAUCACUCAUAUAGUACCAAUAAUGAUAGCAGUUUUAAUCAGUAAUGCGAUCGCCGCACUUUUACAACCAAGCAUAUACGAUAGCAUUAUACUUAUCAAAAAGUUACCUUAUCUACCGGAUCUUCUGCCGUCGAGUUCAGGUAUGUAUAAUGUUUACGUCGAAGACUUCAUGGUUCGUGACGUGAAAUACAUUUGGCACGGCAUCACUUAUCAAAGACUCAAAGAGAUACUUAAGGAGAAUCGUAAACUUCGUGGCUUUCCACUGGUAGAUAAUCCAGAAUCAAUGAUACUAUUGGGUUCAAUUCAAAGGCUUGAAUUGAUCAAAUUAAUAGAAAAACAUAUUGGACGUGAAAGGAGAUUACAAGUCGCACAAAAAUGGCACAAAGAAGCAGAGGAAAGAGCAAGAGAAGAGAUGGAACGUCAAUUGAGAGAACAAGAAAAAACAAGGAGACCUUCCAGAUUUGAAGUUAUCCCAGCUCCAGACAUUCUUAAAAUGCAAAGGCAAAGUGUUAAUGAUCUAACGAUGUCGGCAAAUAACGGUGGUGGGCCGGAUCAUCAUACGUACCAUUCACCGGUCUUCGGGACUCAACCAAAGAAAUCUAUUUUAAAGAAAACCAAUUCCUUUACUUUGAAAGGAUUUAGUCCACUAGUCAGCCCAGCUGUUACACCGUAUACAACGGUUACUGGAGCAGAAAGCAGAAUACGUCUAGCCUUUGAAGCGAUUUUCCGAAAAUCAGCAACUUUGCAGGAUGUUGAUCCAGAUCCAGAAAUGGGUACUGCUACCAGACGUGAAAGUCAAGAUUGCAUAGAUGCUCAGGCACAUCAACCUAUGCUUUCUUCUAGUCCAGCUACAUCGAAAAAAGUACAAUUGCCAAGGGAGAGAGUAAUCGAUAUGUCAGCUGAGGAUCAGAAAAGAUGGGAAGAAAGUGAGAUGGCUCUCGAAGUAGACUUUUCCAGAUGUCAUAUAGAUCCAGCACCGUUCCAGCUUGUAGAAAGAACAUCUUUGCUAAAAGUUCAUAGUCUUUUUAGCAUGGUUGGUGUAAACCAUGCUUAUGUGACAGCUAUUGGAAGGUUGGUCGGAGUAGUGGCAUUAAAAGAGUUGAGGAAAGCUAUUGAAGACGCUAACGCAGGAAUUUUGCCGAUGCACGCAGAAUCGCAUGUCGAUGCGUCAAAUUCCAGUUUAGUGAAGAGUGAAACUGAUGGGGAAAAUAAAAACGUCAGUGCAAUGAACUCCGUUGUUUCAAUUGAAAAUGAAAAAGUUGAAAAAGUCUGAGUGAGAGAGAGAGAGAGAGAGAGAGAGAGAGAGAGACGCGAAUGAACAGAAAAGUAAAGAAAGAAAAGAAAACAAAAAGAAAAAAAAUAUGAAACAACAAAUGUGAUAGUCACGUUGCACGCUGUUGGUAGCGUGACCUGGAAGAUGCACUUGCAAGAUGCGCCUCUUUUACCUGUUACCCACAUUAUUCUUUUUUCUUUUUUUUUUUUUUUUUACGAUCUUAUAUCUUCCUAUGGUACAUGUAUAAGCAACAAGUUCUUCAUCGCAUAAUGACAGUAACUUGCAAAUAUUCCUCUCGUACUUAAGUUUGAGGCGUACAAAACAGUUACUGAUAUAUAUAUACAUACACAUAUAUAUAUAUAUAUAUAUAUACAUAUAUAUAUAUAUACAUAUAUACAUAUAGAAAUGAGAUUCUUUAAGUAUUACAUACUUUGAUUUGGGCAUUAAUUUUUAAUCAUAAUAUUUUUCUAAUUGAAGCAUACAUUACAUAUUCUUCAGUAAUCUAAACGAACCAAAUAGUUUUUGGUUUCUAUCGCUUGAUAUCUCUAAUUUGUACGUAGGGCUCGUCAUAUCGGAAAAUUCUAUCCAAUUAUCUAUACAUAUCUAUAUAUACAUACAUAUAGAAAUAUAUAUAUAUAUAUAUAUAUAUAUAUAUAUAUAUAUACAUAUAUAUAUAUAUAUAUAUACACUAACAAAAAAUUUUGAAAUGACAAAUUUAUUUUAAUGAGUACGUUUGAAAGAUCACGGUAACAUAUUUUUGGUCCUCUAUUGAUAUAAGUGAAUGUAGCAUAAUAUAAAUAUAUGUAAACAUAUACGCGUUAUAUAUAUAUAUAGGUAUAUCAAAAUGCAUAAGCAUGAGUGAGAAUCCAAAUGAUUCGCGAUGCAAACAAGAAAAUCAAAACUGGAAAAAAAUAGAAAAAAAUCGUGAACGUUGAUUAUAAAUAUAAUUCAUUGUUAAAAAAAAAAUAUAAGAAAUAAUUUCAAAGUGAAACAUUAUCAAUGAUACUAAAUAAGGCUUCAUGCUCAAUAUUGUAUCGUGAAUCACGAUUUCCUUAUUAUUAUAGGUAGGAUAUAAUUUAUAUAAUAAUGUAUUUUUUUAUUUAAUAUAAAAACGGAUAAAGUGAUUCAAAGUGCCAAAGGCAGAUGAUUGUAUCCUACUCUGUGAAGAAAGAAAGAAAGAAAGAAAGAAAGAAAGAUGGAAAGAUGGAAAGAAAGAAAAAAAAAAUAAAACAAAAAAACUAAGCAUAAUUUAAAUAAGAAUAUAAUUAUUUAAGUAGAACAAAGACAAUAUAGCACUCAUGAAAUGCUCCCUUAGCUCGUAACUAUCUGACUAUGGUUGUGCCAGACUAUUAUUUAUUAUAAUUGUUAGAUGUGUUGAUUGAGAUAUAAGAAAAACAUUCGCAUCACAUGUGUUGAUACAUUAGUAAAGGAACAUAUAAAGGUAUGUCUUAUUACAACGAUCACGACAUUAAAUAUAUUCAUAAUAAUUUAAUACCUUUAUUUUUUUCUCAAAUGAGACAAUUUUAAAUACUUAUACGCAUUUAAUUCAAUAAUGUUUUUUUCUUUCUCUUUUUUUUUCAUUUCCUUUUUUAACUUUUUAAAUAAUAAACAUGUACAAUCGUUAUGAAUUAAAAUCGAUCAAAUUAUAAAUGAUCUGUUUUAUCUUUUAACAAAUAAUGUCAUGAACGUAGAAUUAAGCUACCUUUAAUGUUUUCUAAUAUAAGUCAACAUUAUAAACAAAUAGAAAAUCAAAACAAGACGCGCACAAUAACAUAAUUAAAUUUUUUAAUCAGAAUGGAUACUCUAUCUAUAGAUGUUACAAUAACCCAUAGAUUCUAGAGCAUUUUACAUUCCAUCCGAUUAUACUACUAUGAUGCAUUCUAUCCUUAUGAGAACAAUUAAUUAGUAAAGUUGUUCAAAUUGAUACGAUAAUAGCACUUCAUAAAUGCACUACUACGUUAUUGUGAAUAAUUAUUGUGAAUAAUAAAAUGUUUAUCGUGCUUAUGUUUUCAUUACGAUAUUCAUGAAAUUUAAUCAUUGUACUAUACUCUAUAAGACCAAACAAACAAACAAAAAAUAUUUCUUGUACAAUAUAUAAUGAUAUGACUUUAAAAAAAUUAAUUAUAUAAACAAUAAAGGUUCUAGUGAUGAAUCUAGUAACAGAAAAAAAAGAAAACAAAAAACAUUA